AUUGGAAGAAGUGCUAACACGAGCCUCAACUUUUUGUUCUCUGAUCUUAAAACUUUCAAAUUUUUGCCAGACUGAGCGUUUUUGAACUAAGGUCUUACGAUCAAGGUCGUUGCUGGUUCGCCUAAUGAAGAUGCCAUCAAAUAAAACUAGUUGGUGUCCUGGAUUGUGUUGGUCCAUUGUGUGGCUGCUCAUCUGGUUCUUGGCUUGGCCAAUGGCUUUUGUGCUAGCCAUAGUUGAAGUAUUCAUCAUUCCUUUCUGUGUUUGUUUCGAGAAAGCCAAAACGGCAUGUGAAUUCAUCGACAGGAUAUAUAAGGUUUGUGACACUGAUUAUUUUUUUACCCUGCGGUUCAUUCGAUUUCACUCGAAUGUUAAAUAAGGGCAAUAGCUUGUUUCCUAUAUAUCGCUUGUUAUACGCGAAGCGUUUGGUCUCGACCUUAAUAUAUUAAGGUAAUUUUCGGGCGUUCAGAAGUCAUCUAAUUAGUAUUGUUGUGUGUUUCAUGAAUAGAAACUGUCUUGAAUCUUUAUUAGCUGUAAAGUUAACCACACCAUAUAGCGUAUUGCUGGUGUUUAUAUUGAAGCCGUAACGUAUUUACCUACAAGAAUUCAAUUUCUAUUCGGUAAGUAAUACGAAAACAGGAUGAAAUAGACCUGAAACUUUCAAUUAUCACGAAUUGGUUUUAAAUGUGAGGGUGAUGUGUAACAGUUUUGUUCUAUUAGCUAUUUAUAUAUACUCUAUUGAUUUAUGUCAGCCUAUAGUCUGAUCUCUGUUUGUGUGCCCCAAAUAAGUCAGGUGGAACUCUUUGACAACUGUCUGCCUGCCUUUCAAUGAAUGUACUGCUAUGAUCCGGCCAAUGUAAAUAUAUAAACAACCUAGCUUCUUGUUUUCCAGAAUAUAGAAAAGAAAAUGUUUAGUCUUUUGGCCCUGGUUGGGAUUCAGUUAUGGUUGGUACGCUAGUUAUUUCAUGCUCUGUGCAAAUGUUUGCAUGUAACACACCAAGUUAUUUCAGUUUGUUUGUAUAUCGAAAGUAUGAUGCUCCACAAUGCUGUAAAAAGCUACAUCAAAACAGUACAGCGAAAAAAAUCAAUCGGUCAGGUAAUCAGGCAUGCGUAACACGGCCCAACCAUGUCAGUCAAUGAGGAUUCACAACCUCAUCAACUGAUUCACCAUCCUUCCCUAAUACCACGCGGCUAACUUCGCCAUUACUUACACGAUGAUCCCAGCAGAUGCUGGCAAGGUUUCGAAAGCAUAUGUGGUGUGGUAAACAUACAGCAGUCUGUCUUUGACAGGCGUUUCAGAGAAGUACAUUAACCUUGUACAGGCUCUCUACUCUAACACUACUGGUCGAGUCAGAGCUUAUGGCAAACUGUCAUCGAAAUUGGCUACUUCAGGUGGUGUGCGUUAGGGUUGUCUAUUUUCCCUAUUUUUAUUUAACUUUUUCAUAGACAUGUUUUCAGAGAUAACACUUUCAUCGUCUAACUUUUCGCAGGUUGAUGUUUUACGAGUAGAUUCACUUAAUGACUUUGAAUACACAGAUAAUGUAGUUGUGUUCGGUGAAGACGCUGACAAAAUGUAGUCUUUUGACCACGUUCAGGAACAACCAAGGGACGAACUUACUGUGCAGCGGUUCGCUCCAUUCUACUUUGCGGAUGUGAAAUAUGGUGAUUAAGAAUAGAGGAUAUUCGUAGGUUACUGGUAUUCGAUUAUUAAAUCAGAGAUGUCUUGAAAGCACUGUACGUGUGUUUUUGAACCACAAAGUAAGCAAUGCUUGUAUUAGGAAUAAGGUAUUAGGUAAUGAUGAGAAAUCAAUUAGAGGUAGUGAAUCUUCAUCAACCAAGGUAGUUGGGACGUGUGUUAUGUAUGCUGAACCACCGCCUAUCUCGAUAGGGGUUAUUUUCUGGUGUUGAAGUAGGCUGGAAGGAAGCUAGAAGUGACCAAACUACAACGUGACAUCAGUUCAUGAAGUUACUGACAAUUGGAUUUGGCCAUGUUAAUAGGCAUAGACUAUCUGUUAAGGGUCCGCGUAUCUAUCAUAACCACUGGCUAGAGAUUUUGAAUGAAAUUGCUCGAAAUCGUUUGCAGUGGUGCAGGUGCACCCGUUCUUUGUCUUCCCUCAAGUUCUGAGGUUCUAAAGUCCUCCAUAACUUUUAAUUUCACCGAUAUAUAUUUUCCUCUCGAAUCGUAUCUUCGAUGCAUAAUAUACUACAACUGACUGUUACUACCUCCACUAUUCUGGGAGUUUGCCUGACAAUUUCAUUUCUGUGCUAACGAGGUAUGGCAGCUUGAAUCGAUGUACAUACGUGUAGGUUCUACAUUGUGACUGAUUGACUGACCAGUCAUUUCAACGCUAACAUGUUUUAUGUAGGGGUUUUGUAGAGAUUGUAGAAUUUCCAUAGAACAAACCACGAACUGAUCUUAGUUAAGCCACCAUUGGGUUCAAGAGACUUUGAACAGCUGUUUCGUCUUCUUGUGGUACUCGUACACCAUGUGCAUGCAUGACCCUGCCACGGAGGAUCAAAUAUAGGGUCGGUCUCACGUGAAAACUCGCCCUAUAAACCACUGAACUGUCCAAUCCCUCCUAGUUUCCAAUGUUGAUCGCACUGAAACCAGUCUGUGACUUAAACUAACAAGUUUAUUUUAUUUUACUAACAAUCCCAGUUUCUUAUGCUGUAAUUUGGAAAAAAGCUUAUUUGCCUUGAACCUGCCUAUCGCUUUUGUGACAUGAAUUUAGAUUUGUGACUGUAGACUCUAAUAAGAAUUUACUGUAAAGAAUAUUAUUCGCCCUACCCAUAUACAGUCCUUAUUUUGAUAAAUAUAGGAACUUUUAAAUAAUUAAGAAUAGAAUAUCAUAGGGAGUAAGUUACUUCGAGGAAUGAAACGUAUAGCAUGAUGUUCUGCUCAUGUUCGCGUCUAUGCAGUUAUAUAAGCUUUUAAACCAUCUAUUAUUGCUUCUAACCAUAAAUUACGACUAUCAUGCAAACUCUGAUUGUGUCUCUCAACACAGCUCGGUCUAACAGUUAGUAACUUUGUUAGUCUUCGUAUUCCCACUCUUCACUUUUUACCGACUACUAUUGGAUUAAUCGGUCACUGAGGUGUAACGUGUGUCCCAACAAUCCCAAUCCAUAAAAUUUCACAAUCUCAUUAAUCAAUUCACUCCUAAUCCAUUAUUCUAUGCCGGAAAUCAGAACUGCUCACCUAGGGACUCCGUUGUAUGCUUGUAGUACUUCGUAGACUCCCAUAAUCGAAGUCAGAAUUCAGAGCUUUCCCUACUCAUGAAUUCUAUUUCAAGUGAGUAGACUGCUAAACAGUGAAAUCCUGUAUAGUAUACUCGACAGGUAUCAAAAUGUUCCGAUCACACCACAUGUGGCACAAGUUGGCAGUACCCAACGAGACCUUGGGAUCCCCAUCAAUAUUUUGUCAGAUAUCAGUCAACCUAGGGUGGUGGACUUCAUGUCUUUAACCUAAUCAAUGAGGAAUACCAAUGCCGAAAAUAAGAGGUUGAUAAGGUCCUCAAGCUGUAUAAGUUGCUCGACACACUCCACUAUUUUAUUACCAAGUUAGGUACUAACUCAGACCACCACGAGACCCGAAGUUUCUGUAAAAGACUGAUUCACCAUGCUAUGUGUUG